UGCAGUUUGACGAUUGUUUAGUGUUUGAUUGGAGAUACUGGAAGGAUGCUUGCAAGAUGGCUGCUGAGGUGGCGAGGAAUGUGCAGCAGUCGGAGAAUGGCGACUGGGAAGAGGAGGAGCAACUGGUGGUGGUGGAGCUGUCUGGGAUUAUUGACCCAGAUUUCCUACUGAAGUGUAGAAAUGAAUGCAAAAUUGUGGGUAUAGAUACUGAGCAGCCCAUCAUGCAGGUAGAUAGAUUGGUGUUUGCCGGAGAGUACGAAGAUGCCCUGGGAACAUGUGUGGUAUUUGAAGAGACUAUUAUACCAGAUGCAGAGGUGGAGGACAGGCAAUUGCUCAAAUACAAAUGUCACACAACAAAAAAGCUGCUGAUGAAGCGAACCUUCUUGAGUGAGAAGAAGGAGGGAGAAGAGAGCACAGGAGGGAUAGAGUACUUGAAGAUCAAAGAAAAUGACUUCACACGUAGACCUGGCUUGAUCUGUACCUUUGUUCAAAACCGCAACAGGUCGAUGAACACUGGGGACAGAGUGAUAUCUGAAGAAGGUCUCGAUUUGAUGAUGGUGCAGGAUAAAGAGCCCAAUAUUACCUCAGCCUCGGAGGGUGAGGCUAGUGACCUGGAGAGUGGAGACACAAAUCAAGAACUGAAUAGCGUCAUGGAAGAACAUCUUGGUGGGAGUCAAGCGAUUACAUCUGCUGCUCUGGAUGGUGUAAUGGAACUCGAAAAUCAGAGCUCUGAGAACCUUAUUGUAAACCAAGUAAAUCAUUGUUGACCGCAAUUUUACAAUUAGCAACCAUUUCUUUCCAAUGCUGAUGUUUUCUCUCUGAGGUCCUAGCCCAAUUGUGAUGGUUAAGGCUUUGAAACUCAGUGGGGCAGAUGGCCUUGGUACCUGUAUGCUGGUCUAGCCAGAUACACACUAACAGAAGUGUGAUUAUUAUUGUUUGAAAUUUUAUAAUUGGAAUGAUAAAGAACACUCUGAAUUGUCUGUUGAAUGGGAGAAACUUUUGUUUUUGAGUAAAAUAUGAAGUAUUUGAGACUUAAUAGCUUUUUUGAUGAACUAUUAACAAAAGUGGUGCAUGUGUGUUUUCCCCCAUUCAAGUUCCACUCAAACCCAU